CGCCUGCCGCAACCGCGAUCGACCACGUAUCGCUCAGUCACAGCGCCCGACCACAGGAGCAGCGAGGCCAGCGCAUUCCAGUCCAGAGAGAUCCUCCGUUCGCCCACCGCACCGCUCGCCGGCGAAGAUGAGCUCCCGCGCCGCCGGAUCCGUCCUCCUGCACCACCUGGGCCCGCGCGUCUUCGGCCCGGUUUCCUCCCCGGCGGCCGCGGCGCCGAGGCCCUUGCUCGCCCUGGCCGGCGGAGGGGAACGGGGAGCCGCCGCAGUGUGGGUGCGGCUUCUGUCCACCGCCGCCGCCGAGGCGAAGGAGGAGGCGGCAGCGUCCAAGGGGAGCGCUGGCAGCACCGUGGCCGCCAAGGCGGAGGCGGCCGCGUCCAAGGGGAACGCUGGCAGCACCGCGGCUGCCAAGGCGGAGGCGGCGGAGGCCGUGAAGGAGGGGGAUGGGAAGAAGAGCCCCGUGGUCAACAGCUACUGGGGCAUCGAGCCGUCCAAGCUGGUGAACAAGGACGGCGUCGAGUGGAGGUGGUCUUGCUUCAGGCCAUGGGAGACGUACAAGCCGGACACCUCGAUCGAUCUCACCAGGCACCACGAGCCCAAGGUGCUGCUCGACAAGCUCGCCUACUGGACCGUCAAAUCGUUGCGCGCGCCCACUGACAUCUUCUUCCAGAGGAGGUACGGCUGCCGCGCGAUGAUGCUGGAGACGGUGGCGGCGGUGCCGGGGAUGGUGGGCGGCAUGCUGCUUCACCUGCGCUCGCUCCGCCGCUUCGAGCACAGCGGGGGCUGGAUCCGGACGCUGCUGGAGGAGGCCGAGAACGAGCGCAUGCACCUCAUGACCUUCAUGGAGGUGGCCAAGCCCAGGUGGUACGAGCGCGCGCUCGUCCUCGCCGUGCAGGGCGUCUUCUUCAACGCCUACUUCCUCGGUUACCUCAUCUCCCCCAAGUUCGCGCACCGCGUCGUCGGCUACCUCGAGGAGGAGGCCAUCCACUCCUACACCGAGUACCUCAAGGACAUCGAGGACGGCAAGAUCGAGAACGUCCCCGCGCCGGCCAUCGCCAUCGACUACUGGCAGCUCCCAGCCGAUGCCACACUCAAGGAUGUCGUCAUCAUGGUGCGGGCCGACGAGGCACACCACCGCGACGUCAACCAUUUUGCCUCGGACGUCCAUUACCAGGGGAUGGAGCUCAAGGAGACACCUGCGCCGAUUGAAUAUCAUUGAAGAAACCGGUUUUGUGACAGUUCUUCAUUUUUACAUUUUACUAGAUGUAGGUAGUUCCACUGCACACACACACACGCACACACUCUCUCUCUGUAUGUAUGAACUCCUAUAUUUCCGUUAGUUAAUGGAAAUGGGGCAGGGCCUCGCGUCGCUAAAAGGUAGUUCCACUUUUAAAAAAUUAGAAGUAGGUUGCUAGUAACACUUGACAAAUAAAUGGAGUCUCCCUGGUUGUUCUUAGAUCU